AUGGUCUUAGUUGCUUCAAUCGCCAAAAAGGCUCUCGCUGCUCUUGCACUUGCUAUAUACGCUGAAGGUUUUGUCAUCCCCGAGGGAAACAACAAAAGAGACGGUGCUGGUUACAUUUCGUUGGAUUUCGACGUCAUCAGGAAGCCGGUGCAUGUCAAUGCUACUAAAAUUGGCGAGAACUCACAGGAAAAAAGGUAUAUCCCUUUGCCCUUGGAUAACCAAGGCCCCUCAUAUGCUGUUAACAUCACCUUGGGGUCAAACAAGCAACCAAUUACUGUGACCAUUGAUACGGGAUCAAGCGACCUUUGGGUCGUUGAUGCAAACGCUGUAUGCGAAAACCAGUCCGACUGCAAAGAUUCGGGAACUUUCAAUCCCAAAACCUCAAAAACUUUCCAAAGUUUGGGAAAAAGCUUUGAGAUUGAAUACGGCGACCACACCACUUCCAAGGGAACUUGGGCAAAGGACACUGUUGGACUUGGGGGCGCGUCAAUCACGGCACAGCAGUUUGCCGAUGUUAACACCACCUCAGUCGCGGGAGGGAUCCUUGGAAUCAGCGUUCCUGGAAGUGAGACCCAAAACUUGAACUAUGACAACGUCCCCAUCACUUUGAAGAAGCAAGGCAUCAUUAAGACCAACGCUUACUCGUUGUUCUUGAACGAGCCAGAAGCCUCGUCUGGUCAGAUUAGCACAGGAGACCAAAAUUACGGAGCGGGGAGCACUGGUCAAAUUAUUUUUGGCGGAGUGGACCAUGCCAAGUAUCACGGAGCUCUUAUCGAAGAGAAAAUUGUGCCUACUACCCCACAGAGAUUAGCCAUCACUUUGAACGAGUUCUCAUACAACGGAUUAAACUUCACCGUCAAUGAGCCGGCAGUUUUGGACUCUGGUAGCACAGUUUCUUAUUUGCCAAGGGAAAUUGUCGAGGCUAUUGCUGAAAAGGUUAACGCUGCCGAGUUCACCACCCCAGACGGCGGCUCUGAGUACGUCAUUCCUUGCGACUUUGAUGCUACUGGAAACGCCACAUUCAGCUUCCAAAAUGGUGCUGCUAUCGGCGUGCCAUUGAAUCUGUUUGGAUUCGGCCAAGGCUUCUGCAUACUCGGCGUGCAACCUAUGGUAGAAGGAUUGGGAAUAUCUGCCGUUUUGGGAGACAACUUCCUCAGAUACGCCUAUGUGUUGUACAACCUUGAUGCAAACACCAUUAGCUUGGCACCCGUUAACUUCACCGACAAAUCAGACAUCGAAGCUAUCUAG